AUGGCACAGGAGGCAUGUAGUAACCUUGAGGGAGUUUACAGGAAGUUCAAGCCACACCUCCUCAUGGUUUUAGCUCAGGUGGCCUUUACAUUUCUAUAUUUUCUCACGGAAGCUUCUUUCAAUCAUGGGAUGAACCCUCAUGUCUACAUAACUUAUCGACAUAUUGUGUCCGGCCUAGUGAUGUUCCCUUUUGCCUAUGUUCUUGAAAGGUAA